UCAAUCAGUUUUCUUUGGAAGCAUUCGACAAACGUUCUCACUGUAGCGAAAAUAAUUAUGCGAUUUAAACAUUUUGCAUUCGAAAAAUUAUAUAUAAAGGAUUUGAGUUUAUGAACGUUGGUCCAAUAUUUUUUGUACAUAUAUAGAAUUUUUUAACGUGUUUUUGUCAUUUUUUUCGUUUUUGUUAAAUGGUAUCAUCGAAUUUAAAUUAAGUGUCAAUCAAGAAAAAUUGUCGAAAAAAUCGCAGACGGCAAAACUAACGACAGUAUUCGAUUAAUAAUUAAAAAGUGUCAAUUCGGACUAAAAUUUCAGUUUAAGGUUGAAAAAAACAUUAAAUAAAUAAAAUCGAGGAAAAUGGCAUCCGAAAAUGUUUCGGCGCCAUUGAGAUCAUAUGACAAUAAAUCGUAUGGUACAACAGCAUCAAAUGAUGCACCAACGAUUGUGUACUGUUUACACGGUCGUUUAUCGAAAAGUUGCUGCAACGAGCAAGUGGUGGAGCUUACCCAGAUCGAAAAGCACUGUCACACCGACAAUGGACGCACCGAAGGAAUUGAUGUGCAUGCCCGUCGAAAACUCUUCAUCGCCAGUAUUUUGUGUGUUUUAUUCAUGAUUUUAGAAAUUAUUGGUGGCAUUUAUUCGAAUUCACUGGCCAUUGCAACGGAUGCUGCCCAUUUGCUGACCGAUUUUGCCAGCUUUAUGAUAUCGUUGUUUGCGCUCUGGUUUGCCGGCAGGCCAUCAACACGCAAGAUGUCAUUUGGCUGGUAUCGUGCUGAGGUGCUUGGUGCGAUUGUGUCAGUUUUAAUGAUUUGGGUCAUAACAGCCAUUCUAGUUUAUUGGGCAAUUGUGCGUUGUAUCACGCGUGAAUUUGAAGUUAACGCACCGAUUAUGUUGAUAACGUCAGCGAUUGCGAUUAUAGUGAAUAUUAUCAUGGGAUGGCAACUACAUGGAACCCAUGGACAUUCGCACGGAGGCAUGAGUAGCAGCGACGGCCAUUCCAAUGGUCAUGGUCAUUCGGAAAAUAUAAAUGUGCGUGCUGCUUUUAUACAUGUGCUGGGCGAUGUACUACAGAGUAUUGGCGUUUUUUGUGCAGCCAUUGUCAUUUAUUUUCAACCUACAUGGCAACUCGCCGAUCCCAUUUGCACAUUUAUCUUCUCAAUAAUUGUACUGUGGACCACGAUAACCAUAUUGAAGGACGCGAUACUUGUACUGAUGGAGGCAACGCCAACAUUUUUAGAUUACACCGAUAUUAUGGAAAUAUUUAUGCAAGUCGACGGAGUAGUUCGUGUACAUAAUUUACGAUUAUGGAGUUUGAGCAUCAACAAAAAUGCACUAUCAGCUCAUUUAGCAAUCGAUCAAAAUGCAGAGCCUGAGGAUGUGUUAAAGAGAGCCAAUAGUGCAAUUCAAAAGAAAUACGAAUUCUUCGAGACAACGUUACAAAUAGAACGAUUUCAAUCGGAAAUGGAUGAUUGUCAGCAAUGUGUCGGACCGUUGAAAUAAUGUACACACCAGAAGUCGUUUGCUCGUUAUUCAUAUGCCAGGAAUGCCAUUCAUAGACUAAGUCGCACCGUUUUUUUAUGAAUAAUAAUACAAUAUCAUGGCUAUUUAUUCACAUAAGAACAUUGGUAAUUGUUUGCAUAGAAAGAAAGAGAUUUCCAGCAGUAACCUGUGUUUUUAAGCAAAUACAAGCAAAAAAUUUAUUAAACAUUUUGUCCAACAUUUUGGACUGUUUUCAAACCGAA